CACGGGUUAAAGCUUGUCCCUUCUGAACGCUUAUACACACAGGGCAGGCACACACACAUGCUGUAGAUAACUACAACUCAGGCACAGGAGUUAGCCAACAGAUUAUCUUGUUCCACAUCAAGGAAUAAAUUCUGUUUUCUUAUGACAAAAUACUGCCCUUUGAGAAGAUGCACAACGUGCUCAACCACGCGGGAUUUUGUUGCUUGCAGAUUUGACUGGGAGACUUUCAACGGAUAGAAAAAGCGGUCUACACAGCAACUUCCUCUUUUCUUGAAUUUCCUUCUAGUUUGCAAGAUCUUGCUUUCUUUCAGCAUUUGCUUUCAGCCUGAUUCCCAUGCCGUCCGCCAUAAAUGCAGCGGUGGCUCAGCAGACAGCUGCUGGGUCAGUUCCCAGUGCUGCUAUUAGCACUACAACUGAAGGUGCGGGUGGGGGCACAGGGGGAAUUUAUUCUGCCAUUAUAAGUCGCAACCAGCCCAUUAUCAGAGUAAAGGAGAAGACCUAUGAAGAGCUUCACAAGAAGUGCCUGGAGAAAAACAUUCUCUAUGAAGAUCCUGAUUUCCCACCAAAUGAGUCCUCCCUCUUCUAUAGCCAGAAAAUCCCCAUCAAAUUCGAAUGGAAAAGACCACGUGAAAUCUGUGAGAAUCCACGGUUUAUUAUCGGUGGAGCCAACAGAACAGAUAUCUGCCAAGGAGAAUUAGGUGACUGCUGGUUCCUGGCUGCCAUUGCUUGCCUGACACUGAAUAAAAAGCUACUCUGUAGAGUCAUACCUCAUGACCAGUCCUUUAUACAAAACUAUGCUGGCAUCUUUCACUUCCAGUUCUGGCGCUAUGGAGAUUGGGUGGACGUCGUCAUUGAUGACUGCUUACCCACGUACAACAACCAGCUGGUCUUUACCAAGUCCUCCCAGCGCAACGAGUUCUGGAGUGCCCUCCUGGAAAAGGCCUAUGCAAAACUCCAUGGGUCAUAUGAAGCUUUGAAAGGAGGCAACACCACCGAAGCCAUGGAGGACUUUACUGGAGGAGUCACAGAGUUCUACGAGAUAAAGGAUGCCCCUAAAGAUAUCUAUAAAAUCAUGAAACAUGCCAUUGACAGAGGAUCCCUCAUGGCCAGCUCCAUUGAUGAUAACCUAGGCUUUUCCUACGGAUCAGCUCCUCGGAGCGACAUUGGGGAACUGAUUGCUCGAAUGGUGAAGAAUCUAGAAAACGCGCAGAUGACUCACUCCACUGUAGACUAUCAGGGGACAGACGAAAGGCCAGCCUGGACCAUAGUGCCAAUGCAGUAUGAAACCCGGAUGUCUUGCGGGCUCGUCAAAGGUCAUGCCUACUCUGUCACGGCCGUGGAAGAGACAACAUUUAAAGGGGAAAAAAUACGUCUGGUAAGGCUGAGAAACCCCUGGGGACAGGUGGAAUGGAAUGGACCUUGGAGUGACAAGUCAGAGGAGUGGAACUUCAUUAAUGAAGCCGAGAAAAUCCGCCUGCAACACAAAAUCAUGGAGGAUGGGGAGUUCUGGAUAUCAUUUGAAGAUUUCAUGAGGCACUUCACAAAACUUGAGAUCUGUAACCUCACACCUGAUACUCUGGAAGCCAAUAAACUCCAGACCUGGACUGUGUCAGUCAGUGAAGGGCGCUGGGUGAGAGGCUGCUCAGCUGGAGGGUGCCGCAAUUAUCCAGAUACGUUUUGGACCAAUCCCCAGUAUCGCUUGAAGCUCCUGGAGGAAGAUGAUGAUCCUGAGGAUGAAGAGGUUGUCUGCAGCUUCCUUGUUGCACUGAUGCAGAAAAAUAGGAGGAAAGAACGCAAGCUGGGAGCCAACCUGUACACCAUUGGCUUUGCCAUCUACGAGGUGCCCAAAGAGAUACAUGGCACUAAGCACCACUUGCAAAGGGAUUUUUUCCUCUACAAUGCCUCCAAAGCUAGAAGCAAGACCUAUAUAAACAUGCGAGAAAUCUCUGAGCGCUUCCGGCUACCUCCCAGCGAGUACGUCGUCAUCCCAUCGACAUACGAACCCCACCAGGAGGGAGAAUUCAUCCUGAGGGUCUUCUCAGAGAAAAGAAGUCUUUCAGAGGAGGUUGAAAACAUGAUUGAGGCAGACCGUCCAUCGAAGAAGAAAAAGGGCAAGCCUAUCAUCUUUGUUUCUGACAGAGCGAACAGUAAUAAGGAGCUGACAGCAGAUGAAGACACUGGCAAAGACGGUGAAAAAACCCCCGUAGAUGAGAAAAAGCGUCCUUCAGCAAAAGCUCGUGAGGGGAGUGAAGAGGAAAAACAGUUCAGGAAUAUUUUCCGACAGAUUGCAGGGGAUGACAUGGAGAUCAAUGCUGAAGAACUCAGGAAUGUUCUCAAUAACGUCGUAAAAAAACAUAAGGACCUAAAGACAGAAGGAUUUGAACUGGAAUCCUGCCGCAGCAUGAUUGCUUUAAUGGAUACAGACGGCUCAGGGAAGAUAAACUUCGAUGAGUUUCGACAUCUCUGGGACAAGAUUAAAAGCUGGCAGAAAAUUUUCAAGCGUUAUGACACGGAUCAUUCGGGAACCAUCAACAGCUACGAGAUGCGCAAUGCAGUCAAUGAUGCAGGGUUUCGGCUGAACAACCAGCUCUACGACAUCAUCACCAUGCGCUACGCCGACAAGAACAUGAACAUCGACUUUGACAGCUUCAUCUGCUGCUUCGUGCGCCUGGACGCCAUGUUCAGGGCAUUCCACGCCUUUGAUAAAGAUGGAGAUGGCAUCAUUAAGCUCAAUGUCCUGGAGUGGCUGCAGCUCACAAUGUACGCGUAACACCAGAGCCAGCGCCCACCUUCAUCAAGAAAGCGCUGAAGACUUCCGUUUUGAGUAACUAGCUCCAUUCAUCCCCAAGUGCAAACAAGAGCAUUUCCUAAUUAUGUGCUUCACUCGCCGAGAUAAACAGCACAUGGGAAGAAUCCAUUGGAAAAAGAGACAAUCAUACUCCAGUGGGCAGACCAGUGUGCCUAUUCUAUAACUACUUUUAUAACAUCCUGACAUUUUCCUUCGGACAACAAGGAUUAAUUUAUUGAUGACUGAAUUAAGCUUUUUCUGCAUGGUAAAGACAUGGAGCAUGCAUCGUUAUUCUGCUUAUGCUGACAACUGGAACAGUCUUCCCUCAAGUUAGGCAAAACGGGGACUGUAUUUGAACUGUGGAAGUCAGAGUUUUUUACUACCACCUUGUAAUUAGUCAUUAACUCUUUGUCCUGCUUUUGAUACUAUCAUUUCAGCCUCUUCAUAAUGUGGACUGAAUAUUUCACAUGCUAUUGUGCUAGAUUACUGUCAUGACAAUUAAUUACAUUAAUAUUAUGUAUCCCGAUCACUUAUGUUGUUAUAGAUGUGGCUGUGCAGGUUGAUUCUCUGCUAUGCUAGAAAUGUGGAAGUAAGGCACAACACGCUGCCAUACCUAGAUACAUCUUGGUCUAGUGCCUCUGCAAAGGUGUCGGAACUGAACAAUUUGCUCUCAUUUUUAAUACCCCCAUGGUAUCUUAAUUACACAUUGGACAUUUAAAAUGUUUUUUAUUGUAACUGCAUUCUCUGUAACAUUGAGAAAGUUGUUUA